UAAGGCUGCACGCAAGUGUUCUAGAGUCCGACCUGCCGGAUGGCUGCGUUGCGCUGAGCCAAGCACAGCUUAUAUUCACCGUGGGUAAUGACGGUGCUUAUCAGAUAAAAAAUCAGUGGUCAGAUCAUUUCCCUUCGGCCGAACGCACUUCGGAAAACGACGGUGUGGAUCAGGAUUAUAUUUGCUUGUUGACCACAAGACACUGCCGGUUGUGAGCAUGGAAGCUCCAACCAUUAUAUGCCAGGCCCUGAAGGAGCAAGGUGUGCAGUACAUGUUCGGCGUGGUCGGCAUCCCCGUGAUGGAGGUGGCUGUAGCGGCCCAGCAAGUCGGAAUGCACUACAUCGGGAUGCGCAACGAGCAGUCGGCGGCGUACGCGGCACAGGCGAUAGGCUUCCUGACGCAGCGGCCGGCCGUCUGCCUGGCAGUGUCCGGACCGGGUGUGCUGCACGCGCUCGGCGGCCUGGCCAACGCCAAGGUCAACUGCUGGCCACUGAUCGUCAUAGGUGGCGCCAGCGACGCACCGCAAGAGGGCACUGGCGCGUUCCAAGAGUGGCCCCAAGUAGAGGCUUGCCGGCCGUACUGCAAGUAUGCCGCCCGGCCCCCAUCCGCUCAGCUGAUACCUUACCACGUGAUGCGUGCGGUCAAGGAGACUACAUUUGGCAGGCCUGGCGCAGCGUACCUGGACUUCCCCGGGGACCUGCUGCAGCAGAGCGUGCCAGAAGCGGAGGUGGAGUGGUACGGCCGGUUGCCGCCGCCGCCGCAGGCACUGGCCGAGCCGGCGCAGCUGGCGGCGGCCGUCGCCCUGCUCCGUGCCGCCGCCCGACCGCUCAUCAUCGUCGGCAAAGGGGCGGCGUACGGCCGCGCUGAGGCCCCGGUCCGGCGUCUGGUGGAGACGACCGGCCUGCCGUUCCUGCCCACGCCCAUGGGCAAGGGCGUGCUGCCGGACGAUCACGCCCAGUGUGUCUCGGCCGCCCGGUCCCUGGCGCUGGCGGAGGCGGACGUGGUGCUGCUGCUGGGCGCGCGGCUCAACUGGAUGCUGCACUUCGGCCGGCCACCCCGCUACACUGCCGCCUGCCAGUUCAUUCAGGUGGACAUCUGCCCGGAGGAGUUCCACACCAGCCGUCCGGCGGCGGCCGCCCUGUUCGGCCAGGUGGCGCUGGUGGCCGACCAACUGACUGAGGCGUACGGCGCGGGCGGGCGGCCCGACCAGCUGGCGCACUGGUGGCGGCGCCUGCGGGACAAGGCUGCAGCCAAUCAGCUGGGCGUCCAGGCCCAGAUUUCGGACCACUCUGUGCCGCUGAACUACUACGCGGCUCUCCAGUGCGUGCAGGACAACAUACCCCAAGACAGCAUCAUCGUCAGCGAGGGCGCCAACACCAUGGACAUCGGCCGCACCCUGCUGCUGAACCGGCUGCCGCGCCACCGGCUGGAUGCGGGCACCUUCGGCACUAUGGGCGUCGGACUAGGCUUCGCCAUCGCUGCUGCCACCUAUUGUCGACAGGAGAAGCCAGAACAGCGUGUCAUCUGUGUAGAGGGCGACUCGGCGUUCGGCUUCAGUGGGAUGGAGGUGGAGACCAUGUUCAGGUACCGUCUGCCGGUGAUCAUCAUCAUCAUCAACAACAGCGGCAUCUACUCCGGCAUGGAGCGGCCGCUCUGGGACGAGAUCACCGCAGGGGGCGAGACCACGCUGAGCGCUCCGCCGACGUCGCUGCUGCCGGACUGUCGCUACGAUCGGAUGACGUCACUAUUCGACAGCAGCGAGCAGCCUUCCGGUUGGAGCUGCAACACUAUCCCUCAGCUGGUCUCGGCCCUGCGGGCAGCUCUGCAGCUCACCGACCGGCCGGCCAUCAUCAACGUCAAGAUCGACCCGCUGUCGACGCGCCGGCCUCAGGCGCACGACUGGCUGACCCGGGCCAAGAUGUGACCUGGUCCGGAGCCGGCCGCCGGUGGCGCCGCCCAGCGGUGACGCGGCCGCGGCCCUCACGCCGGAGGUCACGCGCCAGGGGUGGCGGCGCAUCCUCGUCAGGGUUACGCCCUUGUUUGCCCCGCCGCGUCGGUGCGGCGCAGGGCGUCGCGAUCACGAGAGUGGAGGGCAGGGCUACGCCCUGGGACCUUUUAACCUCGAUUGAGCGGCUAUGAAUGUAUCAGGAAUAUUAUGGGCUGUUUUUUACCUCGAAAGGUGCACUAUCUGUAUUGUUAUUGAGUCAUGCAUGCCAGCGCCUUGGACAGUGCUUGAAGGUCGAAUCGAAUAAUAAAGGGAAAACGCGGGACCAGCUGUCUGUGAGCAGCGCGUGUAUGGAGCCGAGCUUGAACUUGUUUGUUACAAAUGAACUGUGAUCGAUGAUCAGUACCUUGGCGUGUGUUAUGCAAAUCUUGUUCACUCCUGGGCCGCUUCCCGCACUAGUCGUUACAGAUGUAGAUGAAAGGGGCGUAGUAGCUAAGUGGCUACCGCCUAGGCCUCGCAGCCGAAGGGCCUGGGCUGGAAUCCCGUCCGCGCCAUGGCCCCUGAGCGUUAAUAUGGCCCCUGCAGUGGCGGGCGACCCGUUCAAGGAUCGCGAUGACAUGCUUCGUGUUCCCUUAAAAAAUCUGACGUGUAUAUUGACGCCAAUGCUUGAUGCGUUGUGUGUCAAUAAUUGUGUAACUUUAUCGUAUAGCACACAGGUUUGAUAGGAUACCAUGACGCUCUUUGCACGUGAUGUGUAUAUACGUUUUACGGAGGAUUUAAAUGCUGUUAAAUUUGUGAGAUGAAAUGUUUGAAUGUAUACGAUAUUGUUGGUACUGGACAGAUCUUCAGAUAAUAUACGUCGGUU